AUGCCUUUUGGAUUAUGCAAUGCACCGGCAACGUUUCAGAGAUGUAUGCAAGCCAUUUUUGCUGACCUAGUGGAAAAAUGCAUUGAAGUUUUUAUGGAUGACUUUUCAGUGUUUGGUAGCUCAUUUAACCUGUGCUUAUCAAACUUGGAGAUUGUGCUUGAAAGAUGCAUUCAAACAAACCUUAUUCUCAAUUGGGAAAAAUGCCAUUUCAUGGUUACUGAAGGUAUUGUUCUAGGUCAUAAGAUUUCUUCGAGAGGAAUUGAAGUUGACAAAGCUAAAGUGGAAGUUAUUGAAAAACUGCCACCACCAACAAAUGUGAAAGGAAUCAGAAGCUUUCUCGGUCAUGCUGGUUUCUAUAGAAGAUUCAUCAAAGAUUUCUCCAAGAUUGCCAAGCCACUCUGCAGCCUCUUAGUAAAAGACACUCCUUUUGUGUUGGAUAAAGAGUGUCUAACGGCAUUUAAGGUUCUCAAGGACAAGUUAACUUCUGCACCGGUGAUAAUUGGUCCAAAUUGGGAACAAGAAUUUGAGUUAAUGUGUGACGCCAGUGAUUAUGCCAUAGGUGUUGUCCUAGGCCAAAGAAGAGGAAAGGUGUUUCACAGCAUUUACUAUGCUAGCAAGGUAUUGAAUGGAGCUCAAUUGAACUAUGCCACCACUGAGAAAGAAUUCUUGGCAAUAGUGUAUGCUUUAGAGAAGUUCAGACCUUAUCUCAUCGGAUCAAAGGUGAUUAUUUACACUGAUCAUGCUGCUAUCAAGUAUUUGCUUACCAAGCCUGAUUCCAAACCAAGAUUGAUAAGAUGGGUUCUUAUGUUGCAAGAAUUUGAUUUGGAGAUCAAGGAUAAGAAAGGAAGCGAAAAUGUCAUUGCUGAUCAUCUCUCAAGACUUGUCAAUGAUGAAGUUACAACUAAAGAAAGAGAAAUCCGUGAAGAGUUUUACGAUGAGAACUUGAUGAUGUUUGUUUGGGAUGACCCCUAUUUAUUCAAACUAGGAGCUGACAAUCUCUUGAGGCGGUGUGUUACUGAAGAAGAAUCAGCAGGAAUCUUGUGGCAUUGCCAUAACUCACCUUAUGGAGGACACUUCAAUGGUGAAAGAACAGCUGCCAAAAUCCUCCAAUCUGGAUUUUACUGGCCUACUAUAUUCAAGGAUGCUUAUGCCCACGCCAAGCGUUGUGAUAAAUGUCAAAGAGUGGGCACUAUCUCAAGAAGGCAUGAAAUGCCACUACAAAGCAUCCUGGAAGUUGAGGUUUUUGAUUGCUGGGGUAUUGAUUUUGUCGGUCCCCUACCUUCAUCUUAUACUAAUGAGUAUAUUCUGGUUGCAGUAGACUAUGUCAGCAAAUGGGUGGAAGCAGUAGCAUGUCAAAAGAAUGAUGCAACCACUAUGAUUAAAUUCUUGAGGAAAAAUAUAUUCUCAAGAUUUGGGGUGCCAAGAAUUCUUAUCAGCGAUGGAGGAUCACAUUUCUGCAACUAUCAGCUUGAAAAGAUACUAAAACACUAUGAGGUGAAACAUAAAGUUGCUUCCCCAUAUCAUCCUCAAACCAAUGGGCAAGCAGAAGUAUCAAAUAGAGAAAUCAAAAGGAUUCUUGAGAAAACUGUUUCUUCUUCAAGGAAGGAUUGGUCAUUAAAGCUGGAUGAUGCUCUGUGGGCUUACAGGACUGCAAUGAAAACACCUGUUGGGAUGACUCCCUUUCAACUAGUCUAUGGCAAAUCUUGUCAUUUACCGGUGGAGAUGGAACAUAAAGCUUAUUGGGCCCUGAAGUUUUUGAACUUUGACUCUACCUUGUCUGCAGAAAGGAGGAAGCUGCAAUUACAGGAGUUGGAAGAAAUGAGAUUGACAGCUUAUGAUAACUCCAAGAAUUACAAAGAGAAGGUCAAGUUAUAUCAUGACAAAAAGCUCUUAAAGAGAGAAUUUCAACCUGGCCAACAAGUUCUCCUUUUCAAUUCUAGAUUCAAGAUCUUUCAAGGAAAGUUGAAGUCAAAGUGGUCCGGACCCUUCACCAUCAAGGAGGUAAAACCUCAUGGAGCAAUCGAAUUGGUUGACCCUACUUCAGAUGAUCCAGCAAGAAGUUGGGUGGUUAAUGGGCAGAGAUUGAAACAUUACUUGGGUGGUGAGAUCCAACGUCUCACCACAAUCAUCCACCUCUCUGACCCUUGA